AUGCCUCCUGUUAUUUGCUACGAAGUUAAUAAUUGUGGUCUUCAGCUGGUUAUCCAGACCUCAUCAAUAACAGAUAAAAGCAAACCAUUUGAAUUCAGGAUAAAUAAAGAGCAGUCAUCUUUCCACAAUAGACUUCUGCAGCAUGAUCUGGAAAAAAACUACUCAGGAAGGCAAGGAGACCAAAGAGUAUUAAGUCCUUUGGUGCGUAAUAAGCAGAUAUAUCUUCCAGUACCAUCCAGUCUCACAGAACUUUCUGGUUUGGAGUUGAAGCAAAAUACAGGUUCUUUAUCAGGAUUUGGCGAGACUUCUAUUCACACACCUACAAAAUCCAGAUCCCGACAAAGCAGCCAUAGUAUUAGUUCACAUGCUUCAGAUAACACAAAUUUUGGGAGCAGUUCAUCAAUAACAUUUCCUGCAUUGCAACGUACUGCUGAAGAGAAAAUACUGAACUCUGAUAGGCUUACCCUGGAAAGGCAAAAACUGACAGUGUGCCCAAUUAUCGAUGGGGAAGAUCAUCUUCGCCUUUUGAAUUUCCAACAUAACUUUAUAACCCGGAUCCAAAAUCUUUCUAAUCUGCAGCAUCUUGUUUUCUUAGAUUUAUAUGAUAAUCAGAUAGAGGAAAUAAGUGGGCUUUCAGCUCUGAGGUCCCUGAGAGUCCUUUUGUUGGGAAAGAACAGAAUAAAGAAGAUCUCAAAUCUGGAGAACCUAAAAAAUCUUGAUGUUUUAGAUCUUCAUGGAAAUCAGAUUACUAAAAUAGAAAACAUCAGUCAUUUGAGUGAACUGAGAGUGUUAAACCUUGCCAGAAACCUACUAACAAUUGUGGAAAACCUUAAUGGACUGGAUUCGCUUACAGAGCUCAACCUUCGUCAUAAUCAAGUCUCUGCUAUAAAAGAUGUGGAUACUUUGCCCCAUCUCCAACGUCUCUUCCUCAGCUUCAACAAUAUAUCUAGUUUUGAGGAUAUUCUGUGCCUUGCUGAUUCCUCAUCUUUAUCAGAUAUCACCCUUGAUGGCAAUCCAAUAGCUCAGGAGACAUGGUACAAACACACAGUUCUCCAUCAUAUGAUGCAGCUUCGACAGCUAGAUAUGAAGAGAAUCACAGAAGAAGAAAGACGUAUGGCAUCUGUUGCAGCAAGGAAAGAGGAAGAAAGGAAACGCGAAAGCCAUAAACAGACCUUGCUUAAGGAAAAGAAACGGUUAACAAUUUGCAAUAUUGCACAUCAGUGGGAGAUACAGCAGAAUCGAAUAGCUUUUGUGGCUUCUUUAAACCAAGAUAAAGAUAAUGAACCCUGUCAGAUCAAUGGCAGUGCUGCAUAUGUAUUUCCUGAAGAAAGCAGGUCUCUUGAUACAAUAUUGAGCAGUGCAGUACAAGGCUUGUCUGUUCUUGAGUCUCAUUUAGUGGAAGUGGAAGGAGAUACUCUUUGCUUGUAUGGUGCUGGAGCGCUGGAGUGCCUGGAUCGAAACUGGAGUGUUCAAACAGCUGGAAUUAUUGUCACAGUCUCCUUUAUGUUCAUAGAAUUUGAUGAAAUUGUUCAAGCGUUAACAAAACUGAAGAUAAAAUUUCCUAAUUCUGUGCACCUGAAGUUUAAGGAGACAAAUCUUGUGACACUGCAGCAAUUCAAUGCAUUAGCCCAAAUGCAUCACAUUGAACAGUUGACAGUUGAUCCUCAGGGAAAUCCAGUUGUCAACUUUACUUUGUGGAAAUACUAUGUUCUGUUUAGACUCAACCAUUUUAAUCUACAGAAGAUAAAUGGAGUAAAGGUUACUGAAAAUGAUAUUGUCAUGGCGGAAAGGCUCUUUGGCAUUCUGGCAUAUGUGACAUCUUCUGAGCUGCCACAUUAUCGCAUGCUUUCAUUAUUUGGAGAAUCUAGGAGGAAGCAAUUCCAUUGUCUGCUGGACGGAAAGGGAAAGAAAUCUGGGAUUGGAAGUGAGGAAAGUGGUGAUAACAGAAGAAAUGGAGGAGAAAGCACAACUCGAGCAACACUGAAUUACAUGACAAAGGACUUUCAUAUGGAAAAGCUUGAGGAAAUCAAGGAAAGAAAAACAUUUUGCCAGACAUACAUCGAGAACUUAGUGAAAGAAGCAGCUGACAUCAAUAUGAAAAAUGAGUCGUUGCAGAAGCUCUGGCCUCAAAUGUUCAUUGAGCUUGUGAGAGAUGCAGUGAUAGAAAUACGCAAUAAAAAUUCCUACAUGAAACUCUGCUUACAGCGGAUCACUGAUCAAAAACAGUAG